AUGGUGGUUUCUUCGCUCGUUCGUCGAGGCGUGGAGUUUGCGGCUCAGCAGCCCGAACAGCCCAACAUCCAUUUCUCCGGAUGGCUGCUGGGUCUGUUCAUCUUCACGGUCUUGGCCUUCUGCUUUGCUCUGUUCAAGAUUGAUUACACCUAUGGCAUGGUCGUCGCCACCCUCGCCGCCGUGGAGGAAACGAACCCCGACAUCUACGUUCGGAUCGAUGCCAACCUCGACCCGACCAAGCCUACCGACCCCAACGAGGUCGCCGCCGAGGCGCCUCCGCCCAAGCCCAUCACAAGCAAACUGCGCACCACCAUCAGACAUCUUCGCGCCCGGGCCGGGUUCUGGUCGCGAUUCCGCGGGCUGAGCAUGUUCCUGACUUACGUCAUGGCAUCCUCAUUCCUCUACGCUGUGAUGCCCGUGUCCAUGAACAACUUCCUGGGUCAGUUCGUCUGCCAGACGAUCAUCGGCGUGGUUCUGGCCAACCUGCAGCUCGCCUGGGUCCAUAUCGUUAUCUCGGAGCCUUCCCCUAAGCGCUUCUACCAGCGCAUCCCGGGCUACAAAGCCUGGCUCAGAAUCGCCCCCGUCGUGGCCUUUGAGCACGCUGUCGUGGCAACGGCUUUCUAUGUGCCUCUCAUUCUCACGGUCGGUGUGCAUGGUUGGAAGUUCCUCGAAGGCGGUUCCCUGUCUACUACUCCUUCGAACUCGGAACUGAAAGCUGCGGCGGGCGCCAUGGUCGCCCCAUGCGUGCUGUCCUUCUUGGUUUCCAUUCCCGCCCGGGCCAUCUUCCUCCGUGUGGCGGCAUCCAUGCUGCCUGACGAGGACGAGGCGAUCGUGCCCUUCGACCGCUCCUUCGGCGGCAAGGUGGUUCCCGCCAUUCUAGGUGGUAGCGGCAAGCUGAGCAUCCGCGACGCAUGGAAGACCUUUGAUGGUCCUGCGCGGAUGCGUUACUGUAAGGUAAUUGCCAAGGUCUUUGCGAUGGAGGUGGGGGUGUCUGUAUUCUUCACCCUGUUGCUGGCUGCCCAGGUGUACGCGGGCGCUGUGAGUAUUGGCAGCACUCGCAACUAG